AUGGCUGCCCCCGCCGUAGAGUCCAGGCCCGUGACGGCGGCCCUCCGAUCAGUCCUUCUCCGCGUCCGCCAAGCCGCCGAACGAGCCGGAACCAGCCCCGAACGUGUGCGGGUCGUCGCCGUGUCAAAAACCAAACCCGUUUCCCUUCUCCGAGAGGUCUAUGACGCCGGCCAUCGCUGUUUUGGGGAGAAUUACGUCCAGGAGUUCGUCGACAAAGCUCCCCAGCUGCCGGGCGACAUCGAGUGGCACUUCAUCGGCCAUUUGCAGAGCAACAAAGUGAAGAUACUUCUUAAUGCAGUACCGAAUCUGACUAUGGUUGAGGGUGUAGAUAAUGAGAAGGUUGCGAACAUUCUUGACAAAGUGGUUUCAAGCCUCGGAAGGAACCCUUUGAAUGUCAUGGUCCAGGUGAAUACCAGUGGAGAAGCAUCAAAAUCAGGCAUUGAUCCAUCUGGUUGUGUUAAGCUGGCAGAGCAUAUAAAACUGCAUUGUCCAAAUCUUGCUCUUUCUGGCUUGAUGACGAUUGGGAUGCCAGACUACACAUCAACUCCAGAGAACUUCAGGACACUAGUCAACUGUAGAUCUCAAGUGUGCAAGGCCCUUGAAAUGUCCGAGGACCAGUUUGAGCUAUCAAUGGGGAUGUCGGGUGACUUCGAGCAAGCUAUUGAAGCGGGCAGUACCAACGUUAGAGUGGGAUCAACAAUAUUCGGGCCAAGGGAUUAUGCAAAGAAGAAGUAA